UUUGUACAAUUUGGACACAGGUCACUUCCGCUCUAACAAUGGCGUUCACGUUUGCGGCGUUUUGCUACAUUUUGGCACUUAUUUUAUCAGCCGUGCUGAUAUUUUUCGCAAUAUUUCACAUUAUAGCAUUUGAUGAAUUAAAGACAGACUACAAAAAUCCAGUCGAUCAAUGUAGCAGUUUAAACCCGUUGGUGUUACCGGAGUAUUUUAUUCACAUAUUCUUUACGGUGUUGUUCGUGUUUGCCAUGCAGUGGAAAACUGUCAUUCUUAAUGUACCUCUCAUUACGUACCAUAUUAGAAGGUACAUACAUCGACCGGUAAUGAGUGGCCCUGGCUUAUAUGAUCCUACUACUAUCAUGAAUGCCGAUGAACUUAGUCGAGCUCAGAAGGAAGGAUGGGUUAAACUAGCAUUUUACCUGAUCUCCUUCUUCUACUACCUGUACAGCAUGAUCUAUGUUUUGGUCUCAAACUAAUUAUUUGGAAUGUGCAGUAAAGGAAGAGGAUUUUAUCAUGAAGAUUGCAUUGGAAGAUAUGUUAUUUAGUUUUUUGGUUUGAAAGACAUUUUGAAUUGUUUAGAGUGAAGAAAGAAGGUACAUAUGAAUGAGACUAGCUACAUAACAAUAAUUCUGAACUGGUAAUUUUACUAGAAUGCAUCUUUUUUUACUUUAAUACUUGAAAAACUCUCUGAACACCUUCCUUUUAUAUCGCUGGAAUAGAUCCUGCGAAGUGUUCCCAAAAUGUCAUUAGUUUCCAGGUCUUUGGGGCCCCAUUUUUGGGGGACUGUUAAUGGGCCCCAUUUCCAAUUGAAAUUAUUUCAUAUUUAAGCCCCAAAAUUUGUAGUUAACACCUGAGCUUUUUUUUCCCAAUUCACCUAUUUUCUUCCCAAAGUAAGACAAAAAGGGCCUGUCCCAAACCAGUGAGGAAAAAAUGCUGGUUUCAUAUUUAUCUAUAUCAAAUUUAAUUGGUGAAAUAAAAAUUGCAUUUUCUCAGUUAAAAUUAUGCAAAUUAGAUGUGAUACAUACAAAGCCAUUGACAGUUAUUUUGAUCUGUGGAAUAAGUGGAAAAAAUACAGAAAAUUAGCAUCAGCACAUUGAAUACUGUCAUUAAAAAUUCAACGCAGUACAUUUUGUGGCUCUUUGGACCAGAAAUUAUAGAUGUUUUGCUAAAUUUGUUUUGUAUGUUGGUUAACCUCAGAUUAUUUUGGGGCAACUAAGGCUUUUGAUAUCUGAAUUACAAAAGCAUUAUAGCCACACUUUUGUGUUAGUUAGCUUACAUCAGUGUAUGUAUUCACAUUAAAACAAAAAAAUUUCCUUAAUAUUCUGUUGUGUUACAGUAUUGGUAUAUGGUGGUACUGAAAUGCCAUCUAGUGGUAUUUUGUGAAGUCAAGUUAUUCCCCCUGACUGUGCACUAUAUCCUAGUGUUAUAAGGCAUGAACGUAGACAGUAUAAACAAAAAACACAUCUUAAUUAAUUAAUUAAUUAAUUAUUAAUUUUAUCACUGACAUCUUUGACAAGAGUCUGUCUAAGGUUACUGUAAAAGGUUAUUUUUAUCGUCAUGCCAAAGAACUUCUGUGCCUUAAUGGGUAAAAUCUUUCAGUAGUUAAUUCAACUUGAAAUAGAAGAGGAUUAUAUAGGUAUGCAUAAUUUAGGAAAGGCUUUUUAUGUCUAUGUUCUUACGUCAUCCCACUGAUGGCAAUUUAAUUUUCUAGAGUUGUAACCUUUUCUCAGACUGGUAUGGUAUUAUCAUGUUUUACUGGUGUAGCAUUAUAUAUAUAUGGGUAUCGUCGUAUAUAUAUGGAUAUCACCUUGAAAUUCCAGGGCAAAAUGAGAUAGCUUACCAAGAUCUUAACCCUUCAAUUUCAGAGAUGAUAUGUAAUUAGGUUUUGUCAGGGUUUACUAAUCUUUCUGUAGAGUAAUUGAUUUGGCACAGAUGAAAACUACUUACUAGUAUAUAGUAAGAGUGAAUAAGUGUAUUUGAUGCUGUUCCAGGCAUUACUUAUAUACAUUGUAUAUCAUAGCACAUGUCAAUAUUUUCCAAGUGUGGAAUUAUUACUACUAUUUGCGCUUUGAAUUUAUCAGAUCAGUUUUAUGUGUAAACUUUAAUGUUAUAAAUGCAGUAUAUAUUGGUAUGUUGAUGUGUUGCAUAAGAGAUGUGUUUUUGCAAGCUAGCUUUCAGUUUGAAUUUCCAUGUAAACUAUUUUCUUCUGUAAGGAGAAAUUUUUUGUCAACAUUCAUGUGUUGAUGUACAGAUUGAAUUGUAUAGAAUACUCGUGCAAGUCGAAUUGAACAAUCCUCCCAAUGGUAAUAUUUUUUUAUGGUACAAAGUUCAUCUUUUUCUUUCUUUCAUAGUAUUUAUUUCUUAUAUAACAAGAAUAGAUCUAUUUGAAAAUUUCAUUCUUUCAAAAUUCCACUUUGAUACAAAUUGAGUUAAUCUUGGAUAAUGAACAUGUGUAUAAUAAUCUUCAGUGCUGAGAUAUUCCUCCUAUUUGUCAUUUGAAAUAUAACGUUUCGUCUAGUCAGUCAUUUGAAAUAUUUGAUAUUGACUCGUAUACAUGUAUAGUGAAAUAGUAUUUCAUUAAUUUUUCUGAACGAACAUCAAUAAUAUCAUGUACAUGAUAACUGGAGUUACAAUACUGGUAUUGAUUUUGUAAAUGACUGUUGUGAAUAUGAUUUGCAGGAAUUGUGAUCUUGAACUGGAUUCUCUUUGAACUACACUGCCAGUCUAAAAAUCAUUUCUUUUUAAUAUUUUUGCACAUUCUAAUUUCAUCAUUUACAAAUAAAGGAUAUUUUGGUCAAAUGAUUCUGAUUAAAUCUAUGCUAAUAAAGACUCUGUUUAAUAUGUUGAACAAUAGAAAUUAUCUUCAAAUUCUAAAUUAUUUAUUUUUAAAUUACAUGAUCAAUGUAGUAAAAUGAUGCAUUUAUCAUUAUGAAUGAUAUACAAUUGUAAAUAUCAGUGUGUGCAAUAUAGACAUCAGAUGCUACAAUAUACGAACAACAUUUAUUUAAUUUUACAAUUAUCAAUCGAAAUCCAUUUGCAUGUGAAUGAUUUAUGUGCCUACUGGUUUGAAGUGAAUGUGUUCUGAUAUUUUCCUCUUACAUUUACAUGUCUCUGUCAGCAAAUUCUAGUAAAAUCAGAAAUUAGCAUAUCAAUGGUGUUUACGAUUCAGUGUCGACAACCAUGUAUCAGAUGAGAGUUGUUUCCCUUGUUCAUAUUUUUUUAACUGUCACAAAUUUGGUAUUUACCAUACCAUUCAUAAUCAAAAAGUCAACACACAACAGUGAAUUGAGGAGAACCUUUAUAUAAUAUUUUCUUAAUAAAUGAAUGAAUACUGGUAUACAUUUACAACUGUAUACUCCAUGCCUAGUUUAUUUUGAUUGAAAUCUUUCUAAAUAUUAACCUUCUGUGCGUUUUUGUGCCAUAUUAUAACAGUAGUUUAUUUUUUCAAACUUGAUUUAUUCCAAUGAUAAAGAUUAGUGUGUGGACAGAGUAUAAUAUAAUUAUGCGUUGGUUGUGCUAUUAAACUUAAACGGUGCAAUGUUCCACGAUAUUAAGUCUAAAUAUAUAUACCACUUCAAGAAGUAAAAUAAACAGAGAAUGUUUAUUGUUUAUAAAUAAAUAACUACAAUAGCUGUAAUGCAAAAUAGAAGUCUAUAUACUGAUUUUUUGGCUAGCUCUAAUCAAACUAAACCCCUCCAUUUACACAUAGGUAUGAACUGAAACUACAAUUCUAACUUUAAUUAGAUUGGCGUCAUUGAUAGCAUACAUUGAUAUUCAACACUAUUUUAGUCUGAGGUCAUCUCAAGGGCAUCUAUAGCGUCCCUGUAUCUUUAUAGAUCCCGGUAUCUUUGUCUGCUUAUCGUGUGUAUCAUUAAGUUACAACAUUUCAUUAGUAUUUAUCUGUUUCAUAGUACCUGUACAAGUAUUGUGAUUUUAUUGUAGGUCCCAAUUUGAUUUGUUGUUUUAUAUGUCAAAAGUAAUGUUUGUUGCACUUUUAUGACCUUUAUAUCGAAAUACAAAUAAAAAAAUAUUCAAUCAUA